UUAAAUUCCCCAUGUGAUUUACGUUUAUAAAUAAGGUUAUGAUGAUUUAUGUGUAUUAAAUGUGUAUUUAUAUAAAUAUUAUUAAAUAAAGAAAAAUGAAAACACAUGCAGAACCAACAUUAUCAAAUUUAACAAGUACAAACUAUGCAAGACCCACAAAAGAACAAAAUGAGCUGUUACAACGCUUAGGAAAACCACAUGUCGACUCUUUCAAUUUUAUGAUACAUAAAGGAUUGAAAUUGGCUGCCUCUGACAUUACCCCAGUACAGUUUGAAUUGAAAAAUGGAACAAAAAUCAGUUUAGGUAUAGAAGAUAUUUGUAUUCUUCCACCGAUGGUUCCUGUGGGUACCACAGGUGUUCGAAAUCCAAAAAUUUAUCCAACAGAAUGUCGACAAAGACACGAUACCUAUAAAGGGAAAAUGAGAGCUACUGUGAAAUGGUCCGUGAAUGGCGAACCACGAGAAUCAAUUGAUUUAUACGCUGGGGAAGUUCCAGUAAUGGUUAAGUCGGAUAUUUGUCAUCUUUCAAAAUUAUCACCAGAAGAGUUGAUUGAACACAAUGAACACCCUGAAGAAUGGGGUGGUUACUUUAUAAUUAAAGGUUUAGAAAAAAUAUUACGUAUGUUAAUUGUAACAAGGCGUAAUUUUCCAAUAGCAUUAGUGCGUAGAAGUUGGGACCAAAGAGGUGCAUUUUUUUCUCAAUAUGGUGUACAAAUUCGGUGUGUUAAGGAUGAUGAAACUAUUCAGAAUAAUACUCUCCACUAUCUCACAAAUGGUACAGCAAAAUUAAUGUUUGCCAAUCGUAAAAUGUUAUAUUAUGCACCAGUUUGCUUAAUUUUACGAUGUUUAAAAAAGUGCAGCGACCAAUAUAUUUAUAAAGCACUAACUGCUGGUUACGAAGAUGAUACUUAUUAUACAGGAUGUGUUAAAAAUAUGCUACGUUUGGUGCACGAAGAAGGUUUACAUUCUCAAGAAGCAUGUAAAACAUAUUUGGGAAAAAUGUUCCGUGUGAAAUUUUUUGAAAUGCCUGCAUGGUCUACAGAUAUAGAAGUUGCUGACUUUAUAUUAAAACAAUGUAUAAUGAUUCAUUUAGAUAAUGACGAAGACAAAUUUAAUACAAUUGUAUUUAUGAUACAAAAAUUAUUCGUAUUUGCUCAAAACAAAUGUAAAUUAGAGGGUGUUGAUUCUGUUAUGAUGCAAGAAAUUUUACUAGGCGGCCAUUUAUAUUUACAAAUCGUUAAAGAAAAAUUAGGCGCUUGGUUGUAUGGUUUAAAAGCAAAUUUAUUAAAACGAGCUACAACGGAAUUAUUUACUUUGAACGCUGCUGAAAUUCAAACAGCAGCAAAAUAUAAUCCUGGUUUAACAAAUAUUCUUGAAACAUUCCUUGCAACAGGUAAUUUAUCGAGUCACACUGGUCUGGGAUUAAUGCAAUCGAAAGGAUUUGCAAUUAUUGCUGAAAAUAUUAAUCGAAUGCGUUAUAUGUCUCAUUUUCGGGCGGUACAUCGUGGUGCUUUCUUUACUGAAAUGCGAACAACUGAACCACGUAUGCUCCUACCCGAUGCUUGGGGCUUUAUUUGUCCUGUACACACUCCUGACGGUACUCCAUGUGGUUUAUUGAAUCAUUUAACUAUGGAUUGUCAGGUGACUGAUGUACCAGAUGAGGCAAAACGUAAAAAUAUACCAAUUAUUUUGACACAAUUAGGCAUGAUUCCAUUAUCCGCUGUCGUAAAACCGGAUUUAAAAAAAUGUUAUGUGACAAUGUUAGAUGGAAAAAUUUUAGGUCAUAUACCAGAAAAUAUUGCUGGAAGAAUAGUCGAUAAAUUAAGAAUACAUAAGAUAAAUGGAGAAUUAAUUCCAAAUACCACAGAAAUUGCUUUUGCACCUAUGCGACAAGUUAAAGCACAAUUUCCUGGUAUAUUUUUAUUCACUGGUCCAGCAAGAAUGGUACGGCCCUGUAUUCACCUAGCAUCGGGUAAAAUUGAACUUAUUGGAACAUUUGAACAAGUGUAUUUGAAUAUUUGUGUUAAAAUAGAGGAAGCUUACAAAGGUGUUACAACUCAUAUGGAAGUAUCAAAAUUAUCAUUUUUAAGCAAUUUAGCCCAAUUAAUUCCUAUGCCAGACUGUAAUCAAUCACCACGUAAUAUGUAUCAAUGUCAGAUGGGUAAACAAACAAUGGGAACACCAAUACAUACAUGGAAUACACACGCUGAAACUAAGUUAUAUCGACUUGAAACACCAGCAACACCAUUAUUCCGUCCAGUUCAUCACGAUCAAAUUGAAAUGGAUAAUUAUGCGAUGGGUACAAAUGCGAUUGUAGCCGUCAUCAGUUACACCGGCUACGAUAUGGAGGACGCUAUGAUUAUUAAUAAAUCAUCAUACGAGCGUGGUUUUGCACAUGGAUGUGUUUAUAAAACGGAAGUAAUUGAUUUAAAAGAUAACGCUUCAUUUUUUGGACGAGAUCCGCAUAAUCCAUCUUUACCUGAAGCCCUUGAUAUUGAUGGAUUACCACAUCCAGGAACGAUUUUGAAGAAAGGAUGUCCAUUUUAUUGUUUCUUUGAUGCAAACACAAAUCGUUUUAAUCUUGUAAAAUUCAAAGAUGUCGAGCAAGCAGUUGUUGAUAAUGUUCGGUUAUGCGGUGAAUACAGUCUAUCGGCGGCCAAAAAAGCGAUGAUCGUUUACAGAAUUGCUAGAAAUCCAUCAGUUGGUGAUAAAUUUGCUAGUCGAGCUGGACAAAAAGGAAUUUGUUCACAAUUAUGGCCAAGCGAAGAUUUACCAUUUACAGAAACUGGUUUGGUACCCGAUAUUAUUUUCAAUCCUCAUGGUUUUCCAUCUCGUAUGACCAUAGCUAUGAUGAUCGAAGUUAUGGCUGGAAAAUCAGCUGCAAUUCAUGGUUUGGUACACGAUGCCACGCCUUUUAGAUUUGAUGAAAACGAUACUGCUAUUGAUUAUUUUGGUCGGUUAUUAGAAGCUGGUGGUUAUAAUUAUUAUGGAACCGAACCUAUGUACUCCGGUAUAGAUGGCCGUGAAUUAAAGGCACACAUAUUCUUUGGCGUUGUGCACUAUCAAAGACUUCGACAUAUGGUCGCUGAUAAAUGGCAAGUGCGACGAACCGGACCAAUUGACCAACUCACACAUCAACCGGUAAAAGGACGUAAAAAAGGUGGUGGUAUACGUUUUGGAGAAAUGGAACGUGAUUCUCUAAUUAGUCAUGGUGCAUCAUUCCUAUUGCAUGAUCGUCUAUUCCAUUGUAGUGAUAAAUCUAAGCAAAAAAUCUGUUUAAAAUGUGGGUCAUUGUUAGCACCGAUAUCAAUAAUUAAACAUCGAACCGAAUAUAAUAAUCAAGAAUCACGGGAUACAUGUUUGUUCUGUGGAGAUAAUGCAGAUAUAAAUAUUAUUGAAAUACCAUAUAUUUUUAAAUAUUUAGUUACAGAAUUAGCUGCUAUUAAUAUUAAAAUUAAAUUAAACUUA